CUCUGGGGCCCCAGUCAGUUGCGAACAGUGCGAGAUGGCGAGCGGUACCCCAGAAAUUCAAUACUACGAGCACGAGCUCAACAUCCGCCGGGUGAUCGAGCAGUCCGCCCUACAGAGUCUGGAUCAGGCCCUCAAUAUCUGCGACCUGUCCAGUGUGGAGCGGAAGCAUCGUCUUUGGCGGGAGCUGCUGCCCAGGAUAAAGCCCUACUACGCCGUCAAGUGCAACGAUGAUCCCGUGGUGGUCAAGCUGCUAGCUGAGCUGGGCGCGGGAUUCGAUUGCGCCUCCAAAAAUGAGCUCAAACUGGUCUUAGGCUUUGAUGUCUCACCAGAGCGUAUUAUCUUUGCCAAUCCCUGUCGACCUGUCAGUCAUCUGGAGUACGCCAAGGAGCACCAUGUGGCCAAUGGCACCGUGGACAAUGAAUUUGAGGUCUACAAGCUGCACACGCACUAUUUCAACUCAAACCUAAUCGUGAGAUUCAAGAGCGAGGCCAAGGAGGCGCAGUGUCCACUGGGUGACAAAUUUGGCUGCAAUGCGGAUGUGGAUGCAGCUGCCCUAAUGCUGCUGGCCAAAUCCCUGGAUCUCAAGGUAACCGGCACCAGUUUCCACGUGGGCUCCGGAUGCAGCGAGCUGGAGGCCUACGACAGGGCCAUCAAGAAGGCAAAGAAUCUCUUUAAGUUCGGCGGGCUGUUGGGCUAUGACAUGGACUUUUUGGACAUAGGAGGCGGGUUUCCCGGCAGCGAUGAUGAAAAGUUUGAGAAGGUGGGAUGGGAGAACACUUUAAUUUAAGCACUUUCUUGAGCACUUUCUUUAACACAGAUUGCCGAGAGUGUUAAUAUCUCGGUGCAGCGCCACUUCCCCGAUGAGAGUGUCCAAAUAAUAGCAGAGCCAGGACGUUUCUUUGUGGCUGCUGCCUACACAUUGGUCUGCAAGAUCCAUGCAAAGCGGGAGAUUCGCAACGAAGCUGGGAAGCUGGACACCGUGAUGUACUACCUAAAUGAUGGAGUAUAUGGAUCCUUUAACUGUAUUCUGUACGACCAUCAAGUGGUGACCGCAGAGCAUUAUCUGGAUGAAGCAGAUUCCUUGCCUCAGUUAAAGUCUCUGAUUUGGGGUCCCAGUUGUGAUGCUUUUGAUAAGAUAUCGGAGGACCUACUCUUGCCCAACUUGAACAGAGGCGAUCUUUUAGGAUUUCGCAACAUGGGAGCCUACACAAUGCCCAUUGCAAGUCCAUUUAAUGGAUUCGAUGUUCCCAAGACCGUUUACUUCCGAGCUAUAUGACUAAACCGUUUAGUAAUAAAAUCUACACGUCUUGGCCUCUGUAACAAA